AGCACAAAUACACACUCAAAACUCAAAUCCACCAAUGCCUUCUUCUUCUUCUUCUUCCUACUCUCUCUUUGGCGUUGUCGCCAUUGCCUUCCUCGUCUCCGUCUCCUCCCCUGUUCUCUCCUCCAAAGUUGAAGAAGAUAAAGAAAACCUUCUGCAAGGCCUAAACGGCUACCGACAAGCACAGAAGCUCCCGCCGUUUGAAAAGAACGCAAAAGCCUACUGCAUCGCAGAAAAAAUCGCCGAGGUAGACAAGGACCAUCCCUGCAACAUUACCACCGCUAAUUCAACCGUCACCGCACGCCACCUCUCGCAGAUUGAGAAUUUCGAGCAUUACGCCGAGAAAUGCAAGGUCGACCUCAACACCACCGCCGACGCCAUCGUGAUGCCGGUGUGUGUACCGGAUAUGGUUGAGCCUAUGCUGCUUGCCAACUACACGCAAACGCAGUACGCCCAGUAUUUGAACAAUUCCAAGUUCGUCGGCGCCGGCCUCGGCGUGGACGUUGACUGGAUGGUGGUGAUUCUCACCACCGCAGAGCACGGUGGGAGCUUUGCCGGCUCCGGCGCCGGGUCGGUGGUGGCUUCAAUGGGAGCGCCGGUGCUGGUGGUUCUGUUAGGGCUUUUCCUUGUGGGAAAUCUGUGAGAUUGUGAGAGUGUUCUCAGAUUUGGCGCCAAUGUUCGUUUCUUGGUUUGCAGUUUGUUUAGUAUGUAAACGACGUCGUUUCAUUUCAAUUGAAAGUGUAAUUUGAAUUUUCUUUUAUUA